AGCGUGGAUCAAGCCGCUGGGAGCGGCGGCUAGCGGCUAGCUUCAUGACAGGAGUUCAGGAAAUGUGAGCGGUGUUAAGUCACAGAGCUCCUCCUCGCUAUGACACUCCACCUGGCUUUCCGUCGUAUUCAGUCUCUGCUGUUAAAUUUCUCGACAGAGUUAGUGGAAAUAUGAAAUUACUCUUUCUUGCUUGUCUCAGCCCCAAAACUGGAAAUCAUACCACAGCUAAGAGAAUAAGAUCCCACAUCGAAGCAGCAGGACACAUUUGCGAGCUCAGAGAUGCAAAAGAAUUUCAGUCUCCUGCUGAUGUGGCAGAUCUACUGUCUCACAAUCCCUCGAUUGGGGGUGCCCUGGCCAUUCAUCUGUUCAAAGCAGGCAGACUCCUUCUUGAUGUCCAAAUACCCUUUGGCGUAAUCUUUGGCGGAACAGACAUAAAUGAAGAUGUGAAAGUGGAGCAGAAGCGUGUGGUUAUGGAACAGGUGUUACUCAAAGCCAGGUUCGCUGUCGCAUUUACUGACAAACUGAAAGAAGAAGCUGGGUUAUUUUUGGUGUCCCAGAACUGCAAAAUCUGUGUCCAGCCCCAAGGGAUCCAGACAGAAGUGACUGAGAAACUCUGCUGGGCUGAAUUCUUGAGGAGUUCAGGUGUGAGCAGCGAGGGUGUGGACGAGCUGCACGUCUUCCUAUUGGUCUGCGGCCUGAGAAGAGUCAAAGACCCCCUCUAUUUGGCGGAGGUCUUUUCAGCGUGGCACUGCGAGAAUCUGCUCAAUGUGCUGGUCAUUAUCGGGCCAAGAAUUGAUCCGGUGUUUACUGAUGAAGUGGAAGCUGUUGUCAGUAGAACAGCAGGGGUCUUCUUGGCCCAGGAGAGGAGCCAACAGGAGCUUCAUGCUGUCAUGAGAAGGUGCUCGGCUGUGGUCAACAGCUCCGUCUCAGAGGGCAUGUCAGCGGCCAUCUUGGAGGCCAUGGAUCUCGGGGUUCCUGUGCUGGCCAGGGAUAUUCCAGGAAAUGCAGCUGUGGUAGAGCACGAGGUCACCGGCCUGCUGUUCUCCUCUCCGCAGGAAUUUGUGCAUCAAUCUCAGAGGCUGUUGUCAGAUCAUGUGCUGAGGGAGAGAGUCGUGAGGAACGGAAAGCUCUACGUGGAGAAGCAUCACAGCCUAAAACAGGAACGGGAAACCUACCAGCGACUGGUGGGCACGCUACACCCAGCAUAAGGUCACCGCAGCCAACGCCACACUUGACACUUUCUCAGGAAGCAACGCGGCAGAGAAGAUGGCGAUGCAGUGGUGUGUUCACUUCACAACGAGAUUCUUAUCCCUGUGCCUUUGUCUGCAGAACUCUGCUAUACAGCACUUUGCACCAAAGACGAAAGAGUAAAAAUUAUUUUCCUGUUUACAUAUAUAAUGCACAUUAAUUCAACGAUGUACUGUUAUUUAUAGUUUAUUGUAAAUAUAACAAAAUAAAGGGAUCUCUGCUUAUUCAUUCAAUUUAA